GACCAGCACCGCGACGUGACGCACUAUGUAUGCUACGAUUGUGGAGCUACCUUCUCGACAGAGGCGUCCCUCAAGAGUCGGAUCCCGAUGCGAAUGCUGCGACACGGAGUUGCCGGCAUCGUGUGCGACUCGACCGGCAUCUGCGCCAACCGCAACACGGGAUGCCUCAACGCCUACGUUGCGAACCGCGACCCGAUGGACCGUGCCGACGUGCAGAGGCUCAUGGACGGGGACGCGAAGACCAUCAAGAACCUGAAGAGCAGAG